ACUACCGCUAGGGUGAAUACCGCUUGUGCUAUGCCCGACGUGCAUAUGACGCCGUGUGCUGUCGCUCACUGCUCACCUGAUGCUUGCCUGCUGGAGGCUGCUCCGUCUGACCGACCUGCUGCAUGCGAAAACUUGUGUUACAUGCAGACAGCUCUGGUGGAGGCGUCUGGACCGCGGGGUACCUGCCAGCUUCGCGUUCUUCUCGACGGCGGCUCGGACUCGUCGUACGUGAGGACAUCUGCAGCGGAGCUACUCGGUCUGCCCACGGUGGGGAGAGGUGUGUUCGCCUGCCUGGGCUUCCAGGAGCGGCUCGAGGAGCCGAGGAUGUAUGAGAAGGUGAGGCUGUCUGUGCGGAGCCGUCACGGUGGGGAGCCUCACGUCUUCGAUCUGUGGAAGACUGAUCGUCUCUGUUCCCAACUGACCCCCGCCCGACCGCCUACUGCCGUAUUUACACCGCAUCUUCUGCUUGCUGAUGAUUUUGAGGGUGGGCCGGUGGACGUGUUGAUCGGCGCCGACCUGAUGUACAGAGUUGUGUUGUGGGAGCAGGUGAAGCUGACUGACCAUCUCAGGGCCCUGGAGACUGUGUUCGGCUACGUCCUGCACGGCCGAGAUGGGUCACCGGUGGACUGCGAGCCGGUGGACUGCGCGUCUGUGAAGUACGCGCUCCGUUGCUGCCGGCUUCCGUCGCCAGACUUCAAGCCGGAGCAGCUCUGGAGUCUGGAGGCGCUCGGCAUCUCCGGGGACGAGGACGAGAGAUCACCGAUGAAGCCGAAGUGGAGUGACGCCGAACAGAGGUACGAAAUGAACCUACUGUGGAAGUCUGAUGAUCGCCCCCUCUCUAACCUCAGCUCAGCAGCAGCCCGGAUCGGACGCAUGGAGGGACGGCUCACAGUCCCCGAGCGGGAAGCGUACCAGAGACACCUGGAAGAUCUGUAUAGAGCCGGCGUGAUCGAGACGCCGCCCAACGAUGACCUACAAGGGUUCUACCUGCCGCACCGCGGCAUCUGGCGCGGUGGAAAGCUGCGGGUGGUCUUCGACGGCUCUGCCCGGGACGCCACUGGCCACAGCCUGAAUGACUACCUGGAGCCGGGAAGCAAUCUGCUCAGACGUCUGCCUGCCGUGCUGCUCAACUUCAGACGAGACGCCGUGGGAGCUCAGACAGACAUACGUGCUGCCUUUCACCAGGUUUCGGUGUCCGAGGAAGACCGAAAGUACCUACAGUUUCUGUGGGACGGACAGCGUCUUCGUUUCCGCAGAGUUCCGUUCGGUAUAACAUGUUCCCCAUUCAUGCUGCUGCAAACUAUCUCUGUUCACCUGGACCUGUACUGUGGGGAGGAGCCGGGUCUGUGUGAGAAGUUGCAAUGUGGCCUGUACAUGGAUGAUGUGUGCACCUCCUUCUGCAGCAGAGCCGAAGCUGAGUCGAGCAUGUCGCGGGCGGAGGAGAUCUUCCGCGACGCAGGCAUGGAGUUGCACAAGCGGCGCAUCUCCGGUGACGCUGACAGCGAGGCCAACGUUCUGGGUCUUCUGUGGAACCCCGCCACGGACCUGCUCGCAGUGAGUGUGCCUGGCUUCCAUGUGGCCAAGACCAGGAGAGAGAUGCUGUCCCUGCUGAGUAAGCCGUUUGACCCGCUCGGUGUACUCUCUCCGUGGCUUGUUGUCGGCAGGUCUCUGUUCCAGAGAACGUGGGGAGUCGGAUGCACGGUCAGCUGGGACGAGGAGCUGCCCCCUCAGCUACAGGAGGAGCUAGCAGAAUGGCUCACAGACGCACCAGAUCGAACUGUAUGGUUCCCCCGCGCGCUGCUGACGAAUGACUGUGACGUCACCUACCAUGUCUUUUGUGAUGCCUCAAAGAAAGCGUAUUGUUGUGUCAUCUACGCUGUGCAGGGUGGGGAGUCCAGGCUGCUCAUGUCCAAAUCUCGUCUCGCGCCCCUGACUCCCGCCCUCAGCGUGCCCAGACUUGAACUGAUGGGCGCCCUCAUCGGCGCCAGGCUGAUGGACUUUGUCAGACAGGCGUUGAGUCUGGAGAGCCCACAAGUCGUCUAUUGGACCGACUCCAUGGACGUCAUCUUCUGGCUGAAGAGCAAGAAGAAGCUGAAGCUGUUCGUGCAGAACAGAGUGACCACCAUCCUCCAGUUGACUCGAGCGGAGCAAUGGCACCACGUAAGAGGACAAGACAACCCGGCCGACCUGGGGACGAGAGGUAUGUCCAUGACCGCUCUGGAGAAGUGUGAUCUGUGGUGGCGAGGACCGACAUUUCUCCGACAGGGACCUGAUGCCAGGAUCUGCUGUGGACCGACAGACGAGGCCGACAGUCUGCAGCCGUCUCAGGAGGCCACCAGGGAAGUGAAGCUGCAGAAGCCCCCGUUGAAGCUGACCCUGCUGACGACGCGAAGUGACACAAGUGAGACCCUACCGUUUGACAUUACGUCAUGUUCUACCCUCACACAGGCUGUGCUGAGGCUCGCGUGGGUGUUCCGUUUCGUCACCAACAGCCGCCUACCGAGGGAGGAGCGCCGGACGGGUCCGCUGACGCCCGAGGAGAAGAGACUGAGCCUCCGCUUCUGGAUCAGAGAGGCACAGGCCCGUGCCUACAGAGAGGAGACCAACGCCGCCACCGCUGACGUGAUCCUGGCGCUGAGACGGUUCUGCGCCAUCCGAGGGACGCCAGCUCUGGUGUACAGCGACAACGCUCGGACGUUCCGGGCCUUGCUUGGCCACCUACCCCGGUCGGUAACGUGGAAGUUCAUCCCUGAGGCUGCCCCCUGGUGGGGAGGGUACUGGGAGCGUUUGGUGGGCGUGACAAAGAAGGCUCUUCGCAUCACCCUACAUCAGUGCCACCUGACGUUUGAGGAGUUGUCUGCCACGAUGUAUGAGCUCGCUUUUUUCAUAAACCUGCGCCCCCUCACCCAGGGCGAUGGUGAAGAUCUCCUUACCCCCGCCCACCUGCUGUUCGGCGUGACGAGCAUAGACGGUGUCUUGUGCCCAACAUUGAAAGAGUGUUCCAUCAGCAGGGCCUGGCGUCACCAAAAGCGGGUCUGCGACCAUCUGAUCCGGCGGUGGUGUGAUGAGUACCGCAACGCUCUCCGCUGCUGGAGCGUCUCGCCCCGUGGACGACCUAGCCGUACACCGCGCGUGGGAGACGUGGUGCUAGUCCACAGUGAGAGGCCGCGCGGCCGGUGGCCUGUGGCGCGAGUGACGCGGCUGCUGGCGGGACCGGACGGCCACGUGAGGGCCGCCGUCAUCAGCCUGCGCGGGCGGAGCACUCGCCGCCCUGUCAGCCGCCUGUUCCUGCUGGAGGCGGCGGACUGAGUCGGACUGAGUCGUACCGGUGCAGUGAUCGGGACGAGUUACGUCGCCGCGAACUAUCGCAGAGUGCUGUGCCUUUUGUCGUAUUCAUCGUUCUGUUUGUUUUUCGAAAUCGGUCGUGCGCUCGAUUUCGAGUGGGGAGUGUGUUGUGAUUAGUAGCCUCUUACCUUUUUUUACCUUCACCCGUGACCCGUGUUGAUGUACCCUACCUUUCCUCACCCAGUAAAACUUUCCUCUAUUUGCCCGCCCCUGUCCUGAAUCCAUCACUUUUUGUUAGUGAUGUAAUGCUUCCAUUUUUCACCGAGCCGAUUUCGUUUUGUUUUUAUCCUUUCCAGUCAGUCUGGAUCCAUCUGUCGCCGUGUUACCGCUACCUGUAAAGUAAUAAACCGGCAGAGAAGUUGA